UUUUCCCAAAAAUUAAUUUAUUACUAAACUAAAAUUUUUUGAAAAUUACAAAGUAUAGCUUUUUUUUUUGAGGAUUCAGUUGUAGAAAUGGAGAAGAAGAGAUUGUUGUUUAUACUAUGGGUAGCGGCGAUGAUGAUGAUUAUGUGUUCGUGUUGGAUGGAGGAGGAAGAAGAGGCUGCGAAGCAGAGAACGAAUUUGGCUACCGGAGAGGUGAAAAUCGAAGGCGAAAAGGCUAUGGAGAGUGCUAAAGAGAAAGCAAAUUCUUUGGGUGAUUGGGCCUCCAACAAAUUCUCCCAGUAUCAAGAUGAUGUGAAAGAUGCAGCAUCAGAUGCUAGGGACGCAAUAAGUUCUACUGCGUAUGGAACCCAAAGAGAGGCGGCUCAGAAGUUUGGUGGAAUGGUAAACAUGGCAUCUGACGCUAAGAAUGUUGGUUGCGAGAAGGCAAAUCAAGCAAUGAAUGCAGCAGGUGAAAUGGCUCAUCGUGCCACCGAGAGAGCAUCCAAUGUAUAUGACUCUGCAUCGGAGAAAGCCGGUGAUAUCAAUAAUAAAGCGAAAGAUAGAGUUCAUCAUGCCUCUGAUGAGGCAGGCCGUGCAAUGAACACGGCCUCUGAGAUGGCAGCCAAUGCUAAAGAAGGAACCAAAGAUAAAGCUUCCGAGGCCUAUGUUUUCGCUGCUGAGAAAGUGGAUGAUGGAAUGAACACAGCUUCCCAAAUGGGGAGAGAAGUGCAAGAUAAAGCUAGCCGUGCCUAUGAUUUUGCCACUGACAAAGCAGGUCAAGCCAUGGACAAGGCUGCAGACAUGGUAGGUGAGGCGAAGGAUAGCGCAAAAGACGCUUAUAGAUACACAUCUGAUAAGAUGAAUGAAGCGAAAGACAUGGCUUCUAGUAGUGCAGCUCAUGUAAAAGAUAAAGCGUCGGAUGCAUACGACCAAACCAUAAAAAUGACUACGGAUAGAAGUAGCAUUGAUGCAAGAGACUCGACGAGGGUGAAAGAUAAAUAUGAAGACGCACAAUCGAAGGUCUACGAAACAUAUAAAUCUGCAAAGGAUACUAUGAACGAGAAAGCCAAGGAGAAGUAUGAAGAUGCAAAAGAAAAGGCCUCAGAUGCUGCUGGCAACCUUGGACAAAAGAUGAGAAGUGCAAGUACAGAACUAUGAGGAAUCAGUAGUCACCUUUUACAUCUUUCUGUUUUUAUUUUUCAUCGACUUCAUUUCUGUGUGUUCUUUGUUUAGCUUGAAAACACAAGAGUUAAUGUACAUUAUACCUUUACCUUUACCUUGAUUUCUUCCCCUGCUGCUGUUCCUUGUAACUUCAUCAAUGUACAUUAUAACUUUGUCUUCAAGAGGUUUACAACUCCUUACA